UGUCAGGGCAAGGCAGACUGACAGUAUGGCGGCGGGAUACAGCUGGAAGGAUGCUACUGUCGCCCGUGAUGUGUCUUUCACCAUCAGAAUGUGAAUGGAUUAUUGACGUUCAAGUGCAAGGAUAUAGCUACAAAGGCCUGUCGCCGUAAAGUCCAAGAUGGCCAGGCUCGCCGACUACUUCGUGGUGGUCGGUUACGACCUCGAUAAGAGAGGGGGCAGUGAGGGUCAGGGUCGCAUUCUCCAGCGCUUCCCUGAAAAAGACUGGGAGGACAAUCCCUUCCCACAAGGCAUAGAGCUGUUCUGUCAGCCUAAUGGAUGGGAGUUGGUUCCAGAGAGGCUGCCCCCGUCGUUCUUUGUAUCCGUUCUGACUGACAUCAACUCGGAGCGUCACUACUGUGCCUGUUUCACCUUCUGGGAGGGCCUGGACAACCCUCAGUUGCAGAAGGCUGAAGCCAGCGAGGCAGACGAGGAUGAAGUGCCAGGAGUGCUUCAGCCAGCCCAGGUCUUCGCCCCCAAGAGCCUGGUCCUGGUGUCCCGCCUAGACCACACCGAAGUCUUCAGGAACUGCCUGGGCCUGAUCUACACCGUGCACGCGGACAGCCUCAAGGUCCCCUUGGAAACGGUGAUCGGGAACCUGCUCACGUGUGUCAUCCCCAUCGCUGGAGGCUCCCAGAACAGUGGGUCUCCAGUGUGUAGUUUAGACUCACUUCCUCAUGCCCUAGCCUGUGACUGGCUGCUGGGCUGUCUCCAGCCGGGCCAGGAGGAGAGUUCUGAGAGUUCGAGGACAAUAACUCUGGGGGCGGGGGACAGGCAGGUCAUCCAGACGCCCAUCAACGAGUCCCUCCCCGUCAGCGGGAGCAGCGUGGCACAGCUCUUCAGGCAGCUCGGUAUAGUGAACGUCCUGUGUCUGUUCUGUGCCGCUCUGACGGAACACAAGAUCCUGUUCCUGUCCAGCAGCUACCAGCGGCUGACAGACGCCUGCCGAGGCCUGCUAGCUAUCAUGUUCCCUCUCAAGUACAGCUUCACCUACGUCCCCAUCCUGCCAGGGAAGCUUCUGGAAGUGCUGAGCACCCCCACCCCCUUCAUCAUCGGGGUCAACUCCUUCUUCCGCUCUGAGACACAGGAACUGUUGGACGUGAUCAUCGCCGACCUGGACGGGGGCACGGUGACCAUCCCGGAGUGCGUCCACAUCUCCCUGCUCCCCGAGCCCCUCCUGCAGCAGACCCAGACCGCCCUUUCCAUGGUGUUGGACCCAGAGCUGGAGAUAGCCGACCAUGCCUUCCCCCCGGCCUCCACCCAGCCCUCCUCCCUCAAGAUCCAGGACAAGGAGAUCCGGGCCGUGUUCCUGUGGCUGUUUGCUCACCUCUUCCAGGGCUACCGCUGGUGUCUGCACAUCAUCCGGAUCCACCCAGAGCCCGUCAUCCGCUUCCAUAAGGCUGCGUUCCUGGGCCAGAGAGCUCUGUCGGAGGAUGACUUCCUGAUGAAGGUUCUAGACGGGAUGGCGUUCGCAGGGUUCGUCUCGGAGAGGGGCCCGCCCUACAGGGCCACCGACCUGUUCGACGACCUGGUAGCCAAUCAGGUGGAGCGCGUCCGGCAGGAGGAGAGCUGCCCGCACAAAGUCAUGAACCACGUCAAGGAGCUGGCCGAGCAGCUCUUCAAGAACGAGAACCCGUACCCUGCGGUGGCCAUGCAUAAGGUCCAGCGGCCCAGCGAGAGCGCGGGGCACAACGCCCCCCAGAACAAGGAGCCCUUCCCCCCGCUGGAUGACGUCACGGUCGAGCUCUUCGUCGACCACGCCGCCGCCAAGCUCAGGACGGCGCCGCCCGUGGUCAAGGCCGAGGUGAAGGGCAUGGUGCCCUCCGGACCCCCGUUGGGAGACAUCGUCGACAGGAACGGGAACGUCCUGGCCAACAGCGCCCGCAGACUGGAGGUGGUCCGCAACUGCAUCACCUACAUCUUCGAGAACAAGAUGCUGGAGGCUAAGAAGCUGAUGCCAGCGGUACUGCGGGCGCUGAAAGGCCGGGCGGCCAGGGUGUGUCUGACCCAGGAACUCAACCAGCACGUGCUGCAGAACCGGGCCGUGCUGGACGACCAGCAGUUCGACUACAUCGUCCGCAUGAUGAACUGCACCUUACAGGACUGCUCCCACAUGGACGAGCACGGGAUCGCCGCCGCCCUCCUGCCCCUGGUCACCGCCUUCUGCAGGAAACUGGGGGCGGGCAUCACCCAGUUUGCCUACAGCUGCGUUCAGGAGCACAUGGUGUGGACCACCAUGCAGUUCUGGGAGGCCAUGUUCUACAGCGAUGUCCAGAACCACAUCCGGGCCCUCUACCUGGAGACGGAAGAGGCGGAACAGCAGCUGAGCCCUUCCCAGGAGGUGCGUGAAGCGGGCGGAGGCCAGGGCCUGCUGAGCGCCCUGGACCUGGCGUCGGAGCAGAGCCGCCUGUGGCCCACGCUGAGCAAGGACCUGCAGACGGAGCGCGUGCAGAAGGAGGAGAGCACCGUGUUCAGCCAGGCCAUCCACUACGCCAACCGCAUGAGCUACCUGCUGCUGCCCCUGGACACUAGCAAGAACCGGCUGCUGCGCUCGUCCGGCCUGGGGGACGUGGAGAGCGUCAGCAACAGCUACGUCACCAACAGGUACACCAACAGCAUCGCCGGCAGCAUGGCGGAGAGCUACGACACGGAGAGCGGCUUCGAGGACGCCGAGGUGUCGGACGUGGCCAACUCGGUGGUGCGCUUCAUCAACCGCUUCGUGGACAAGGUGUGCAACGAGAGCGGCGUGACCAACGAACACCUGAAGGCCCUCCACACCAUGAUACCAGAUAUCGUCCAGAUGCACAUUGAGACGUUGGAUGCAGUCCACAGGGAGAGUAAGCGACUGCCGCCGAUCCAAAAGCCCAAGCUGCUGAGGCCUGUCCUGCUAGCAGGGGAGGAGCUGGUGAUGGACGGCAUGCGGGUGCACCUGAUCCCCGACGGGCGCGAGGAGCCCACGGGGGUGAUGGGGGGCCCCCCCCUGCUGCCCGCCGAGGGCGCCAUCUUCCUCACCAACUACCGCCUCAUCUUCAAGGGAACGCCCACCGACGCGCUGGUCGGGGAGCAGGUGGUCACGCGCUCGUUCCCCAUCGCCUCGCUGACCAAGGAGAAGAAGAUCUCCGUCAGCCUGCCCAUGGACCAGUUCAUCCAGGAGGGACUGCAGCUACGCUCCUGCACCUUCCAGCUGAUGAAGAUAGCGUUCGACGAGGAGGUGGCGUCGGACCUGGCCGAGGUGUUCAGGAAACACAUGCACAAGCUGCGCUACCCGCAGCACGUCCAGGGCACCUUCGCCUUCACCGUGGGCCAGGGCAGCAAGAUGGUGGUGGAGCACAAGACCAAGGACAAGAACCAGUCCCUGAAAACUCUGUCCAAAAACCUGGUGAAGAGCGCAAAGCGGACCAUCGGCCGGCAGUACGUGACCCGCAAGAAGUACGCCCCCCCGACCUGGGAGAACCGGGGCAGCCUGCAGUCUGAGCUGGACGAAGACGAACUCUCAGUGUCAGAAGAGCUGGACCAGAGCUCCCUCACCCUCUCCUCCACCAUCCGCUCGUCCGACAGGCAGACCAUGAGCAACGUGGUGGAGCAGGCCUGCUGCCGGGACUACCAGCGGCUGGGUCUGGGCACGCUCAGUAACAGCCUGACGCGCUCCAAGAACGAGCCCUUCCGCAUCUCCACCGUCAACCGCAUGUACACCGUCUGCAGGAGUUACCCAGGCCUGCUGAUUGUGCCUCAGAGCAUCCCAGACACCACCAUCCAGCGGAUCUCGCGGUGCUACCGGCAGAACCGCUUCCCGGUGGUGUGCUGGAGGAACUCGCGGACCAAGGCCGUCCUGCUGCGCUCGGCAGGCCUGCACGCCAAGGGAGUGGUGGGCUUCUUCAAGUCCCCCAACAACCCCACCGCCGGCCCGUCCCAGGCCGACUCGACCAGCCUGGAGCAGGAGAAGUACCUGCAGGCCAUCAUCAGCUCCAUGCCCUCCUACAGCGAGCCCAGCGGGAGGAACACACUCAGCGGCUUCACCUCCACACACAUGAGCACCUCAGACUCGUCGGACAAGCUGAGGCAGCCCAAGAUCGGAGUGCUGAUGAAGCAGGUGAUGGGGAACAAGGAGGACAUCCCUGGAACCUUCAGCAGAGGAGCUCUGGGUCAGAGGGCAAGGGUCAUCUCCCUCUCUCAGCCCAAAGUCUCAGGCAAGGCCAGGAACUCUCCCAGAGGCAAGUGGGGCAGCAUCCGGGGCAGCGGGCGUCUGAGUGCCUACAACCCUGACAUCGGGACCAGGCUGGCGGGGAAGGAGUCUCCCCAGCCCAACGGGGGGCCCAGCGAGGCCCUGCUCUUCAGGCAGCAGAGGGCCUACCUCUACAUCAUAGGGGACAAGGCCCAGCUCAAGGGAGGGAAGCAGGACUCGUUCCAGCAGUGGGAGGUGGUGCCCAUCGAGGUGUGUGAUGUGCGGCAGGUGAAGAACAGCUUCAAGAAGCUGAUGAAGGCCUGCGUGCCCAGCUCCGCCACCAGCGACCCCAGCAUGACCUUCCUCCGCUGCCUGGAGGACUCCGAGUGGAUGUGUCUGCUGAACAGGGUGCUGCAGGUGUCCGUCCUGGUGGUGGAGCUGCUCGACACAGGCUCCUCCGUCAUGGUCAGCCUGGAGGACGGCUGGGACGUCACCACACAGGUGGUGUCCCUGGUGCAGCUGCUGUCUGACCCGUACUACCGCACCUUCGACGGCUUCCGCCUGCUAGUGGAGAAGGAGUGGCUGUCGUUCGGACACCGCUUCAGUCACCGCGGCGCCCAGACGCUGGCCAGCCAGAGCAGCGGCUUCACCCCCGUCUUCCUGCAGUUCCUCGACUGUGUGCACCAGAUCCACCUUCAGUUCCCCAUGGAGUUUGAGUUCAGCCUGUACUACCUCAAGUUCCUGGCCUACCACUACGUUUCCAACCGCUUCAGGACCUUCCUGCUCGACUCGGACUACGAGCGCAUCGAGCUGGGAGUGCUGUACGAGGAGAAGGGCGAGAGGAAGAACCCGCAGGUGUGCAAGUCUGUGUGGGACUACAUCGACCGGCUCAACAAGAAGACCCCCGUCUUCUACAACUACAUGUUCUCUCCAGAGGAUGAGGAGGUGCUGAGGCCCUACAGCUACAUCUCCAACCUGAAGGUGUGGGACUUCUACACGGAGGAGACCCUGUCCGAGGGCCCGUCGUUCGACUGGGAGCUGGUGAGGGGCCGGCAGGAGCGCCUGGCCGAAGAGGCCCCCCCCGACAAGCCCGACACGUCGGGACCCAAGUCCCAGAGACGCAUCGUGUGGCCCUGCUAUGACAGCCGCAGCAGAGUGGUGCCCGACGCCAUCACCAAGCUGCUGCAGGAUAUGCAGGGUCUGGAGGCGGAGCUGGGCCAGGUGUCCGAUAAGUGGAAGGAAACGUGGGAUAAGAUCAAGAACAGCCAGAGGGCCGAGGCCAAGCUGGAGAGCAAGCCGUCCUUCUCCAGCUCCCUGCUGAUGUCGUCCAACCUGAGCCACCAGCGGCGCUCGCAGGGCGUGUACCUGCAGGAGAGCGGCCGCGGCUCCUCCAUCAACCUGGCCAUGGACUGCGAGGCCAGCGCCACGUCCACGCCCAUGCCCGGGCGGCCCAGCACCAGCACCCUCUACAGCCAGUUCCAGAGCACCGAGAGUGAGAACAGGAGCCAUGAGGGGAUCCUGUUCAAAAAGGGUGCCUUGUUGAAACCGUGGAAACCGCGCUGGUUUGUUCUGGAUAAGACCAAACAUCAGCUGAGAUACUAUGAGUCCAGGAAGGACAAGGAGUGUAAGGGGGUGAUUGAGCUUGCGGAGGUGGAGUCUGUCAUUCCAGGCACGCCCACCAUGGGAGCGCCCAAAAACAUAGAGGAGAAAGCCUUCUUCGAUCUCAAGACGACCAAAAGAGUGUAUAACUUCUGUGCGCAGGACAGCUUGAACGCACAGCAGUGGAUGGACCAUGUCCAGAGUUGCCUCUCAGACGCCUAGAGAGGGGCGGGACUCCCAGAGAGGACAGGACCAAUCCAGCGCAGGAGCAAACGAGCAGUGUCGAGGCGUCCGACGGACAUGUCUGCCGGCCAAUCCCCCACCGAGCUCGUCCCCCCCUCCAGAAGAGAGGGGGAACGGGAUCGGAGAGGGGGGCCUCUCUAACACUGACGCUCUGUUCAGUGUCGGUGGCGUUGAACUGACAAUUUUACAACAGCAAACGAAAAGAAAAAAAAAGUUUCAGUGUUUAUGUUUUAAAAAAAAAAAACGAAGAAAAGGAAAACAAAAAAUAAGAAAACAAAAAGGACGUCCCCGAAUGACCACUCGUUUCACUGCGUGGCUGCAGUCGCUCACCUCCGCUAGUCCGACCACUGUGUGCUGGAUGUCUAUAUGCAACUAUGGAGCUAACAAAAUAUCGCAUGAAAUCCUCGGUGAUGCAGGCCUGAAGGGCCGUUUGCUACCAGACCGAAUGAACCUUUUGGCUUCCAGCAUGCAGAUCUCUCCUGCCCCCUCCACCUUUAGACCUCAUCGACCCCCCCAUACACACACACACUCUUAACACACCAGGGAGGACGUAACAGAGGACUACAUCUCCCAUGUCCCCCCCUCCAGCCAGCCGUGCAGAUGAACAGGCCCCUGCAGAUGGCGGGCGGUCGCAGUAACCUGCAGGCUGAUGUUGAAGUGCGUUCUAUCCUCCUUGGUCGUCACCCCGCUAACCCUAACCUAGCACCGAGACAAGGAGGGAAAUCCUCAAUGGUUUCAUGAAGAAUCUUUUCCUUACCUUUCCAUUCCCCCCCCCCACCCCCACCCAUCAGUGAUGUCAGUCCUCCUUCCUCCCUCCCCUGAUGAUGGGAUACUGUGAACACCGUUAGCCCUCGUGAUCAAACCGGGAGAUUGCCAGUCGGAGAUUAGAGUCUCACUCCGUCAGACAAGAGGUCUGCGGAACUCCAUUAGUGUUUACAAAAGAAGCUACGGACAGUGACUACCCUAGCUUAGCCUCCUCUUCCAGGUUUCUAAUUCUCAACCACAAAAAUACAACCACUAUUAAAAUUCACAAUAUUAAGGGAUGCUGAUGGAAAGGAGGGAUGUAUUUUGUCGUGAUGAUUCAUUUUGUGCACAAAAUAUUACAGAGGACUAAGAGGUGAGAUUGAGACGGGACCGGUGAGCGGAGGGUAUUAUAGGAUGCCUCAGACUGUUUACACAGCGCAGUGCCGAGAGACUGGAACUGGCUGCCAUGACGACAAACACGUGACCACAUCACCCCCUCUCCGUGGCUUUAGUCAAGUAGUACAGACCGAGACAACAGUAUUGUUCUGAUGAGACCACGACCUGCUUCCCUCUUUCUAGACAGGAAUUGCAAAGAACAUGAGAUCGUGACAUGGCGUACAUUCAUCACCCAGAGGGGUGGGGUCAUGCGGCAGUCAAGACAUCCGAGACGGCGUCCAUUUAGGGGGCGUCUGGCUACACAUCUACACGUGUGACGUGUUCCAUUACAAAUCACCUAUCAAGCAGGCAGCCCGAGGUCUGCGGGGUCUCAGAGAAGCAUGUGUCUCUACAGUGUCGCUGAUCUGAACAUGGUGCCCAGCACUCUCAGCACUGUGCGUCUUGUCUAUAAAGCAGUGUUUUUAUCUAGGGCCCGUUAUCUUCUCUUCGAAAGCUUGUACAUUGGAGUCUAUGUCUGCUAGAGCAUCGUAGAGAAAGAAUAUGUUUAGAUGGAUUUUGUGAGAUUUAAGAUCGUCACUUUUUUUCUUUCUUUUUUUUAAUGCUACAGAACAGUAUGGGUUAGCCGUCGUUUUGAACCUGUCACCAAUUCACAGAUACACAUCAACCACAAAGCCCACACCCUUGUUCUUGUUAACACAAACAUUGCCGUGUAAAAAGGUUAUACUGCUGUCUCGUUGAACAUAAAAUUUGAAUUGUAGAUUUUUGUGUCUAAUAACUUCUUUGUAUAUACUACUCAGAUUUGUAUGUAACGUUUAUGUCAGUAAUUUAUUUAACUUCCUCAGUAAGAAAAGUUCCUCAAGCACCACUUAUUUUUGAAUUAGGAAUCCGAUGUGCCAUUUGUUUAUUUCUGUAUUAAUGUGACUAAUGCUACUACUUUUUUGAAAUUUUGUUGUACAAGUAAACCCUCAUGUGUUUUUUUUUUAAAACACGGUUGUCCUCCCCCAAUGUCGACCCGAGCAAUAGUAAGAAGGUGUGCUGGUGAAAGUAAGGUCAAGUCUUUUGAAAAAGGCUUAAUCCACGUUAAUUGACCUGCACAGGUGGAUGCUUAGAAUAUCAGUUCACAAGCCCUGCUCACCCUAUGCCCUGGGGUUCAUUCAUCUCCUGAUUGGACUUGAAAACAUAAAACAUCCAUCAGAAUGACACAUUGUAAUUAUUUUAUUUAUUUUUAUGUUCCAUCUUUUCUAAUUAGAAAUGUCCUUCUGAGCCGGGUUACGUUGUCAAUCAUGUAAAAUAUUUUUUAGAAAUUAAAACAAAAAAAAUACUGUGGGUUUAAAA